AUGGCUCCUAUUCACCCUCUUCCAAUCUCAGAUGAGUGGAAUGACGCUGACGAAUAUGUCUCAGCUCUCCUUUCCUUCACGACCGAGUCGGUGAUGUUCAUGAAUCUCUGUGGUGGUGUGCAUAUCCUCGAUUUCCUAACGCGCGACCCCGAUCUGUACACAUCGUUGCUGCCAGAAGACUGGCGUACAUUCUUUGAGCACCAUGAUAUCCACAGCAUCAUGCAACUGCUCCUGCGCGAGGACAUUGGCCCGCUGUGUGAGCAAGCGGAAACGAACACGAUCGAGAACCCUGGAACCUGGAAUGGAAGCGCAUUCCCGCCUGCGACUCUCCUUGAGUACAUUCGCAAUAUCCGUCGACUAAGCCUCCGCCGCGAAUUCACACCCGACAAGAACGAGAAGCUUCCGAGACAUAUUGUUGUGGGCAUGAACAAGAAGAAGGCACACGAGGUGGAGCAGUUCUCUCGCUACGUCGCAUCUCUGUCUGAGACGAUUAAGGAGAGUCGCGGAGAGCCAUUGACUCAUAUCGCCGAUUUCGGAUCUGGGCAAAACUAUCUGGGCCGCACACUGGCCAGCGCGCCCUAUCAUAAACAUAUUAUUGCCAUUGAGCGCAAGCAUCAAUACAUCAGCGGAGCAAAUCGUAUGGAUGUCCAUGCCCGAUUGGCCAAAGAUGAAAAGAAAAAGGUCAUGCAUAAUGCGAAGCUUGCCAAGCUGAAGCACAAACAGCAGAAACAGCAAUGUAUCGACUGUACCGAUACUCCAGAGCUAGCAUCAGAGAAGCUAGAAGGCUCAGAGACGAACGAGCGGACACAAAAACAAGCACAACCAGAGCCAAACACUUUGCCAGAAAGAUCAAAUGGACAAGCCGACGAUGAUAUCUUCUCCGACACGUUAGGCGGCAUGAGUCUAGAAGCCAAUGACAUACUAACUUCAGUCGAGCACAAGCCACCUGUCUUCAAGCCACCUCCCACGAUUGAUUCCCGGGGUACCGUGAGCUACAUCGAGCAUGAGAUUAAGGAUGGUUAUCUGGAGCCAAUCAUUGAGCAUGUUGUUGACCCCAAGAGACCGGUGGAAUCUAGAACUGCCACGGAUGAAGUCAUCACACAGCCUGAGCAGAAGGCUAGUGAUCCCCGAGUCAUGGUUGUAUCACUACAUUCGUGUGGUAACCUUGUCCACCACGGAGUGCGCUCAUUGGUACUCAACCCUUCUGUCGUUGCAAUCGCCAUGAUCGGCUGCUGCUACAAUCUUCUCACCGAACGACUCGGCCCAGCCACAUACAAGAUUCCCAUCCUCCGGUCCGCCCACCCCCGAUUGAAACAAACCGGGUCCUCGUGGGAUCCACACGGAUUCCCAAUGUCCAAGCUCUACGCGGAAUACGAAGCAAAGACCACAAAGGGCGUCAAGCUCAACAUCACAGCUCGCGCGAUGGCCGUCCAAGCACCCUACAACUGGGGUCGGGAUGACAGCGAAGGCUUCUUCACCCGCCAUUUCUACCGCGCCCUCUUGCAGCGUGUGCUCCUCGACCAUGGAAUCGUCCCCAAGGCAGAUGUUCCUAAGGAUCUCUACAAGGAUGAUCCUGAAAAUCCCGAGUCUGGCAUCGCGUUGAUUGUCGGAUCUCUGCGCAAAUCUGCAUUCGUGUCCUUCUCUUCCUAUGUUCGCGCCGCAACAGUCAAAUUGAGCCAGGAUCCGCUCCGUGGCGACAAGGUCAAAGAACGAGUCUGUACCAUGACCGAGGAGGAGCUGCAACGCUAUGAAACCGAGUACCUCCCCACACGCAAAAAUCUCAGUACCGUGUGGGCCCUGAUGGCGUUCAGCUCUCAGGUUGUGGAGGCUGCCAUUGUGGUGGACCGCUGGCAGUUCCUGCGUGAGCACGACUCCGUCAAGGAGUGUUGGGUUGAGCCGGUGUUUGACUAUAGCCAAAGCCCCCGCAACCUGGCUGUCAUUGGCAUUAAAAAGUGA